CAAGGCCAGAGGCUGAUCUCUUUCCAAUGGGCACAGAGCCCCUCACUCUGCAGGCCAAGAUAUGUUGCUGGAAUGAAGGAGAUGGAGGUUUCAGCAGAUCCUGGGACUUGAGCCUCAAUGGACCCAAAACAUUCCAUAUUGACUCAAAUACUAAGAAGGGGCCUGAAAUGGAUUCUAGAUGCAACUGUACAAAGGAGAUGGCAGUGAAAAUCCAUGAAGUAAUUGGCCUCUUAAACAGGACAUCACAGGGUGAAUGCAGAAGCUGGGUUAGGGAGACCAAGUUGCACUGUGAAGAAAAUUUGGAGCAUACAGGAUCGACAUCAAAGGCACCAAAUAUCACCCAGGUUAUACCUGCUACCCCUCCUCCACCUACUACCCCAAUUCAGAAUACGACAAAUACGAAGAUCCUGGGAAGCCUGGGAGCUGUGGUAGCGCUCCUCGCUAUUGGGAUAGGCGUGAGAGCCAAGAUACACAAGAAACGCUUUUACCAAGAUGUAAGGAGCCACAUGGGGUCUCACCUGGUCCUAGGAGCUUCCCCAUGCUGCCGCUCAGAUCACGAAUCUAAUGGGAACUCAGUGUCCACAGCUGCCUCUUGGACUUCCCUGGAACAGUACCCAUCUCUUCUGCCUCACAGCCAGAAAAGAAAACCUUCUGAUGGUGUUGGUGAUCUGUGACAUUUCACUUCUGACCAAACAUGGUGUGAAAUAUGAAAACUGACAGUCUCCAUGCCUCCUUUAUCACUCCAUCAAGAAGUGACAGGUCAUUGUCGUCAGUGACUCCAUCUUGCCCUGUUCCUUUCUCAUUCUUCACCUCAACCCUGUGGAGAUCAGGCCUUGUCCUGCUCUAGGUUACUCCUUGUCAUGUGAAAUGAGGGCU